AUGAGGCCUGGAAAAGAUAAGACCCCGUGCAAAUCAGCAGCCCGUCUGAGUUUCCUGAUGCGCUUCAGAAUCACCUUCUUCCAUAGAAGAGCCAGAGUGGUGUACGCUGGAUUGCUGUCUUUGACGUUUCUAACACUUUUCUAUUUCGUCAUAACUGUCAAUCACUCUGGAAAUACUGAUCCAAUCUAUAUCUACACCGCAACAACGUAUUUUGGACAAAAUUUUAGCGAAUAUGACUUUCCGGAUCGAUGUCCUGAGCUCAAGCGCCCCUGCAUCAGAACUGACAAUCCCCAGAAAUAUUCAAAAGUCUCGGCCGUAAUAUUUCACAGUGUUGAUUUCAAAUGGACGAGCGAUCUACCCGGCCCGCGAAACCUAAACAUUCCAUUCAUCUUCUAUUCGCUCGAAAGCCCAUCAAAUGACGCGAUGCGCAUGCCAUACGCGUUCCUGAAUUGGACGAUGCACUACAAGCGAAAUUCCGACGUCUGGAACCCGUAUGGGCGCCUUGUGAGGCUUCGCUCUGUGGUUGACAUCUUUGGAAAAUGUGGGCAGUCCGUUCCUAAGCAAUGUGACGGUCUCGAAAAUCGCUAUUCUGAUUGUAUGAAAACUGUCACUAGUGUCUACAAAUUCUACAUAGCCUUCGAAAAUUCAAACUGCCCCGAUUACGUAACAGAAAAAUUCUUCGAGACCCUACAACGAGGUCUCAUUCCGAUUGUGGUAAAACGGCAGUAUUAUGAAGACCUCGGGAUACCAAGCGAUAUAUUUAUCGCUGUGGAUGACUUCAAGACCCCGGAAGAGCUGGUACGCUACGUCAAGCGAAUAGCCGCUGAUGAGCAGGCAUACAAUCGAUACUUUGAAUGGCGCAAUCGAUACAGGGUGGUAACCCAUUUGGAGCCGGACCCUGAAACUGGCUGGUGCGCUCUAUGUCAAAAACUCCAGAAGGGUCCACCGUAUCCCAAAACAGAGGACAAGCCAGAUAUCCGUCAAUGGGCCACGACUCCUCGAACAUUUCAGAACACGAAACCCCCCUACUCACAAAUGCCGGUCCAAGAAUUCGAUACCAUCGACUACCUCGGCGCCCUGGUGGUCGGCGUAAUCUUCAGUAUCUGUUGCUUCCUCUUCACAAUAUUCGUCAAUUUCUUCUGGAUCACGAAGUACGACAACAUUACCGUUUUUGAGAGGCUCGGCUCAAAAUACAACAUGCGUCUGGGCCCUCAUCGCGUAAAAGAGGUUCAAAGGACCAUCUAUCUGGAGGAGACUGAAGAUUGCGAUCGUCUCAGUCUGAAGGUUGACGAGGAUAGC